AAGAGUAUCUGUUUAAAGUAAAACUUCCACUCUCAAUUUUCCAACAUCUCCCACUGCUCUUCUUCUUCUUCUUCAUCAGAAAAAAAGAAAAAAUAAUGAUGAAUAAUAAUAAUAGCAGGCUUGCACCAUUGUCAGAGGAGCCAACAAAUGAAGAAGAUCAACAAAAUAGAGCUAACUCUUCUAAAAAACCUCAUUCAUGGAAGAACUGGCUCAAGGCUCAUUUUCCUCUGCUUCUCUUUCACAAAAAAUCUGACCUCAAGAUUUUACUCAGUGUUCUUGCUUGCCCGCUUUUUCCUGUCUCUCUCCAUCCUAAACUUCCCGUUAAUCAGGUUUUUUUAUUCAUUCAUGUAUCAUCAUCAGCUCAAUACAUCAUACAACACUUCACCGCUGCCACCGGUUGCCGGAAAUUGGAAGGAACGGUGAAAAAUAUUUUUACUACAGGGAAAGUGUCAAUGUCUAUGGUGGAUGAGCUAGGUGGCUCACCUAGCUUGUCGGCUGGAGCCAACGGAGGAGAUGCGCAAAAGGGAUGCUUUGUUAUGUGGCAAAUGGUCCCUAAUAAAUGGCUCAUUGAGCUAGUUGUUAGUGGCCAAAAGGUUGUAGCUGGUAGUGAUGGCAAUGUGGCUUGGCGCCAUACUCCGUGGCUCGAUUCACACGCAGCGAAAGGCAGCGUCCGGCCUCUGCGCCGAGCUCUUCAGGGACUAGAUCCUAUGACAAUAUCAGCAAUAUUUUCCCAAGCACAAUACAUGGGAGAAAAAUGCAUAUCAGGAAUUGAUUGUUUUGUACUUAAAUUAUCAGCUGAACAAGCUGACCUAUCAGAUCGAAGCGAUAGCACAGCGGAAAUGAUCAAGCAUGUGAUUUUUGGCUACUUUAGUCAAAGAAGUGGCCUACUAGUCUAUCUAGAGGACUCAUACUUAACAAGAAUUCAAUCUCCCGGAACUUAUCCGACAUACUGGGAAACCACAAUCGCAACGAAAAUUGAGGACUAUCGGACGGUAGAAAGCGUGAUGAUCGCACACGGAGGUCAUUCUAGUGUGAUGAUCACAAGAUUCGGAGACAAUUUGAAGUCGGGACUUUCCAUCACGCGUAUGGAGGAGAGUUGGAGUAUCGAUGAUUUCGCGUUUAAUGUCGAAGGAUUGUCGUUGGAUUGCUUCAUUCCUCCUAAAGAAGUACAAAAGGAUUAUUUAGAAGAGAGUCUUGAUUGGAGGUCAGCAUUGCAUCAUUGAUGAUGAUGAUCAUGAUCAUUGUCAUUGUCUUUAGGUGAUCAAGAAAGUCUUAAAUCAUAAAUGCAAAAUACUUUUGCUAUAUAGUUUUUAAGGUCAAAGGAUCAAUUCACUUCCUCAGCAUGGAUCUAAAUUUCAAAAAACAUUACUUUUAGCCCCUUUUGACAAUUAAAUCCAUAAUUUAUUCAUUUUAUAUCAUUUCAACCCCUGAAUAGACAAAUGGUACAACUCAGGAGUUAGAAAUGAUCCGAAGUAGAUAAAUUAUAGAUUAAAUUGUCAAAAAAAAGAAGCUGAAAGUGACUUUAAUGAGAUUUUGAUCCAUAAAGAGUGAAUCGAUCUUUUGUUUAUAUUUUUAACUUCAUGACAAGAAUAUAUAUAUAUACUCUAAGAAAAUCGAACUAUAUCGAGAGAAUUUUUAGUCGUUAAAAGCCGAUUUUCCCUCACUAUAUAGUUGAGAUGCUCCUUUCAUAUAAUUUUGUGUGUAUAUAAUAUAGAUAAAUUGUUAUGUAACAUAUCUUUAUUUUCUUUAUGUAUCCUAUGCGUUUUGGUAGGAUUGUUUUUUGACCUGUUAAACCUAAUUAGGAAUUUCAUUCUAUCACUUGUAUGAAGGAGACUUGAAGCCAGCAGUAUUGUUCAUGUUGAAUUGUUUAUAGGUUGAUAUGAGUGUGCUAAAUAUUUUAGUGUUGUCUA